CGCCGUCCGAAAAUCCUUUGGUCUCUCUUCAGUCUCGCCCUAGCUGCACUCGCUUUUCUCACCGUCCAUGCCGUAUCUGCCUAGCUCAUUAUCGGCUUCCGCCUUCUCUGUACGCAGAUCAAAUUUCCCCGGAUCAUUCCCUAAUAGCUGUAAGUUAGCAUUAACGACACUUGCCCACUUGAAUUCAACCACUUUCGCGGACGACAGCCAACUCAGUUCUUGUGACGAAGCUGUAUCAUCCUCGUCUGAUUGCUAUAGGGAUUCUCCUUCAGUACACAAUUCCUUUGAGAUAGAUACGUUCAAGGUGGUUGAAACAUUGAACUGUUUGCUAAGAGAGCCCGCCCUUGCAUUGUCCUUCUUUCGUCAAGUGAAGGAACAAGGUUUCCAACAUAAUAUCUCAACCUAUGCGGCACUGAUUAGAAUUUUAUGUUAUUGGGGCUUGAGUAGGAAAUUGGAUUCUUUGUUUGUGGAUCUCAUUGCUCUUUCUAAAGAGUGUCCAGCUUUUGAAAUUGAGGAUUUGUUGGAAGAAGUGUUGGAUGGUUUUGGGGUUGAAGGGAAUCAGCACUUGCUCAGAGCUUUUAAUGCAUUAGUGAAAACAUAUGUCAGUGUUAACUUGUUUGAUGAAGCUAUCGAUUUUUUCUUUAAAACUAGAAGACGUGGGAUUAUUCCACACAUAUUUACUUGCAACUUCCUCAUAAAUCGCUUGGUUAAUCAUGAUAAGGUGGAUAUGGCCUUUGCCAUAUACAAGCAACUCAAAAGGCUAGGUUUAAGCCCAAAUGAAUAUACAUAUACGAUUGUAAUCAAGGCACUAUGUAAGAGAGGUAAAUUGGAAGAAGCCGUUGAUGUGAUGCAAGAAAUGGAGGAAGCUGGGAUGCCUGUCGGUUCCUUUUGUUUUUCAACUUAUAUAGAAGGCUUAUGCACCCAUCAUAGACCUGAUUUGGGAUAUCAAGUGCUUCAAACAUGGAGAAAGGCCUAUGGCCCAAUUGAUAUGUUUGCUUACACUUCUGUUGUUCGUGGAUUUUGUAAUGAAAUGAAAUUAGAUGAAGCUGAGAGUGUUUUCCUUGACAUGGAAAAUCAAGGGUUGGUUCCUGAUGUAUUUUUUUAUAGUGAAUUGAUUCGGGGAUACUGCAAAAGUGGGAAUCUGCAGAAAGCUUUAGCCCUGCAUGAUGACAUGAUUUCAAAGGGCAUAAAAACAAAUUGUGUGAUUGUUAGCUGCCUCCUCCAUGGCUUGUGUAAGGUGGGAAGGAAUUUGGAUGUGGUGGAUCAAUUUGAAGAAUUUAAAAAAUCUGGAAUGUUUCUUGAUGCAGUGGCCUACAAUGUUGUGUUAGAUGCCUUGUGUGAACUGGGAAAAGUAGAUGAUGCAAGAGAACUUUUAGAGUAUAUGAAACUUAGGAAUAUGGUUUUAGAUAUUAAACACUACACGACCGUUAUUAGAGGGUACUGUCUACAGGGUAAAUUGAGUCCUGCCUUUAACAUGUUUGAAGAAAUGAAGGAAAGGGGUUUAAUGCCUGACAUUGUAACUUAUAAUGUACUAGUUUCUGGAUUGUCUAGAAAUGGCCAUGUUUAUGAAUCAAUGCAACUUUUAGAUUAUAUGGAGACUCAAGGAGUCGAGCCAAAUUCUGUUACACACAAGAUGAUCGUUGAAGGCUUGUGUUCAGGAGGCAAGGUUGAAGAAGCUGAGGCUUUUUUGAACAGUCUAGAAGAUAAAAGUGUUGAAAUCUAUUCUGCCAUGAUAGAUGGAUAUUGUGAAGCAAACUUUCUCAAAGAAGCUUAUGAACUCUAUCUUAGGCUGUCAAACGAAGGAAAUGUUGUAGAAAAAGAUUCCUGUUUUAAGCUACUAUGUAAACUAUGUGACGAAGGUGACACUGAUCGAGCUAUAGGAUUACUGAAGACACUGUUGUUAUUGAAUGUGGAACCUAGCAAAAAUGUAUUGCAAAGUUAUAGCUGCCUUGUGCCAGGCUGGGAAUAUGAAAGUGGCCAAUUCUUUGUUUGAUAUUUUUGUUGAGAGAGGAUUUGCACCUGAUGUUAAAACCUACACACUAAUGAUAAAUAGUUAUUGUAAGAUAAAUUGCUUACAAGAAGCCCAUAAUCUCUUCCGGGAUAUGCAGCAUAGAGGGAUCAAACCUGAUGUC